AUGGGGUUCAGCUGGAGCGAACUUCUGGAAAGGUUGUUGCGGAAAAAAGCGAUCGACUCGUCGGCGGAAAUUGCAAACGUCCCGAUAUCUGGGUCAUUGUCAAAAUGUCUGUCCACCAUGGAUUUAGUUUCGCUAGGCGUCGGAAGCUGCAUUGGUACUGGUAUGUACGUGGUGUCCGGUUUAGUCGCCCGUAACGUCGCCGGUCCCGCUGUCAUUUUGUCGUUCAUGAUAGCUGCAUUUGCCUCCAUUUUGUCAGGUGUAUGCUAUGCUGAGUUUGGAGUGCGUGUACCGAAAACUACGGGCUCUGCAUAUAUGUACAGUUACGUUACAGUGGGAGAGUUCUGUGCCUUUAUCAUUGGCUGGAACCUCAUCUUGGAAUAUCUAAUUGGUACCGCCGCCGGCGCAAGCGCGUUGAGCAGCUGUUUUGACUCCCUAGUUCAUCACAAAAUUAGCCAUUUUAUGUUGGAUAAUGUAGGCCAGUUCGGCAUUCACACCAAGUCAUACCCAGAUCUGCUGGCUUGUGUCAUUGUGAUCGUCAUGACACUGGUAAUCACCGCAGGCGUUAAGAAAUCAGUAGGCUUCAACAACGCCCUCAACGCCCUCAACGUAGCUGUCUGGGUGUUCAUCAUGGUGGCUGGUCUAUUUUAUGUGAAAAGUGAGAACUGGACCGACGGAUUUAUGCCAUAUGGGUUUUCUGGGGUAAUUACUGGAGCUGCCACGUGUUUUUAUGCAUUUAUUGGAUUUGAUAUCAUCGCUACAACUGGUGAAGAAGCCAGACAACCGAGCAAAUCCAUCCCGAUUGCCAUAGUAUUAUCACUAUUGAUCUGCCUAACAGCAUACGUCUCUGUCAGUAUUAUUUUAACGUUGAUGGUACCUUACUACGAUAUCAGCCCGGAAUCGCCGCUUCUGGAGAUGUUUGUACAGAAUGAUGCUUACUCUGCCAAGUAUGUGGUCGCCAUUGGUGCUAUUUGCGGUCUUACUGUCAGUCUGUUAGGCUCACUGUUUCCAAUGCCUCGAGUUAUGUACGCCAUGUCUUCCGAUGGACUCCUUUUCAGAUUUAUGAGUCGUAUCAAUGACGUCACCAAAACACCGGCAAUUGCAACAAUUAUAUCAGGCUUUAUCGCUGCUAUAAUGGCCUUAUUAAUUGGACUGCAAGAUUUAAUUGAAAUGAUGUCCAUCGGAACUUUGCUUGCGUAUACAAUUGUAUCCAUGUGUGUUCUCAUUUUACGUUAUCAACCGCACGUGGACAGCGGCUUCGCGCUUCAGACCACCUCGGAAUACGAUAUUGUUGAAGAAGAAGAGGAAGACGCCCUCGCCCGGCAGAAAAAAGAAGCCCAAGCUGCAAUGUAUGCCGGGGAGGAAUCCGUGCUGAAGGAAGCUGGGCCAGAGAAACUGAUCCCUAAAACCGACUCGGAGCAGGACGAAGCUCCGAAGAUGCGCUACGGUGCUGUUGAACCAGAACCGGACAAUUUCAAAACAUACAACGAAGCAAACUUCACGCUCUCCCGCCUGCGCGAGGGGGCCUAUAAAUCGUACCACCAGGGCCGCAAUCUCAUCGGUUUGCCCGACAAGAGUCAGCUACCUACGGCCCACAGUGGCAAACUGGUCACCUAUCUAACGUUGUUUCUCUUCGCUGUCAUAUUUGUGUUUAGCUCACUGGUAAUUUACGGUCGUUCAUACCUCCAGAGUGGCAACGCCUGGCUUAUUAUCUUAGUUAUCAUCUUCUUAGGUUUAAUCUUCUUCUGUAUAUUGAAGAUUUACCAACAGCCACAGAAUCCGGAGAGAUUAAAGUUCAUGGCCCCUUGUGUGCCAUUUCUACCAAUUGUAGCCAUGUUUAUAAAUAUUUACUUAAUGCUUAAGUUGUCUUACCUGACGUGGAUACGUUUCGCCAUUUGGCUUAUUGUAGGUUUUGUUAUAUACUUUGGGUAUGGUAUAUGGAAUAGUAAUCUUGCCACCAGGUGUAGCGACAUCAGCAGGGUGACGAAGGAUGGCAAAGAUACACUAAUACUUGACAAUACGAUGCCACAGAUGACGACGGAAUCCAGUGUGAUACCUGCACACGCUGACACAGAGAAGGUUCCACUUGAACCAGAACAAGAGGGAUACCAGAACCAACAGACAGCUGAACCAUAAACGAAGUCAACCUUGUUAAUAUAUAUUUCUGAAAUACACACACACACACACUGUUAAAAAUACGUAAAAUAUAAAGAAAGAAAUCUGUUGUAUUACAGCAAAGGGAGACGCCAUAGAGGGCGCUGUCCCUGGUUGGCCAUCAAGUCCUAGCACUGAGUACCAAUAGAAGAAAUCCUUGUUUGUUUAUUUCGGGCAGAAAUUAUGGCGCCUAUUUCCGUUCAACAUAUGAAACUACUGAGCACAGAACCCCCAGAAAACGAAAGGUGUGCUGAGCGGUCAUUAACUAGUAGUAUAAUCUUAUGAGAUUCCAUACACUCAGCGCAACAAAGGUAUUCCCAUCAUCUUUAUAUAUAUUUAUAGACUUCAAUAGCAGUUUAGUCCAACCAGCCAAUCAACGAGCAACGCGUGCAACAACGGUAUUUGAAAACGUUCUUCACUCUGCCAAUAGAAACCUCUCCUUUUCAGUGGGAAUUAUAACAUUUAUAAAUAUUUAUAAAGCUAAAGAUAAUGCAUUUGAUGCGCCGAGAGUACUAUAUUUGGCUGUUUUCCAUUCAGAAAUAUGUCCCACACUUCGAUUUAUAUGCAUUUUGGGUCACACUUUC